UUUUCAAACUCACAAUCUGUCUCUGACCAUGUAUCGUCAGUUUUGAAGUGAUGCCUUCUGGCUGAAGAUGCCAUGUGAAUCAUAAAGCUCCUGGUUCUGCUAGAAGUUGGAUUGGUCUGCACCAAUCUUUAUGGAGGACCACAGUGUGUGUUCCACUGAAGUGCCAACUGGGAGCAAGGCCAGCUUCAGGGAAACAAGUCUGUCUGGCCAUGAGAGCCACAUCCCUAGUUCUGAAGUUCUUGAAGCAAUAGAAAACGUUAUUCAGGAUGUACUUAAAAGCUUGGCCCAGAAUAAAGCACCUGUUCUCACACUGGCUAGCAGAUCAGAUUGGAGGAACAUAGAAUUUAAAGAUUCUGUAGGUCUACAGAUGAUACCACAUUGUGCUACAAAACAAAUAAGAAGUGACUGCCCUAGAUCAGCACCAAGAUUUGCACUGAUGCUCAAGAUAUUAUCUAUGAUCUAUAAGAUGGUGCAGAGCAAUACUUAUGCAACUAAAAGAGAUAUAUAUUAUUCAGAUACACGACUGUUUGGUAGCCAAAGUGUUGUGGACAAUAUAAUCAAUGACAUUUCUUGCAUGCUUAAGAUACCUCGGAGAAGUCUACAUAUACUAUCUACAACUAAAGGUUUUGUUGCUGGUAAUUUAAUUUACACUGAGGAAGAUGGUACAAAAGUGAAUUGUAUCUGCAGUGCAACAGCAGUCACUGUGCCAUCUAAUGUUCAAGGAAUUAAAAAUUUAAUCUCACACGCCAAAUUUAUGUUAAUUGUAGAAAAAGAUGCAACUUUUCAGAGACUGCUGGAUGAUGACUUCUGCAAUAAAUUGUCCCCAUGUAUAAUGAUUACGGGAAGAGGUGUACCAGAUCUUAAUACACGACUUUUGGUCAGAAAGCUGUGGGAUUCUUUCCAAAUUCCUAUUUUCGCCCUUAUGGAUGCAGAUCCACAUGGUGUAGAAAUAAUGUGCAUCUACAAAUAUGGAUCCGUGUCAAUGUCUUUUGAAGCCCAUCAUCUCACCGUUCCAUCUAUAAAGUGGCUUGGUCUCCUUCCAUCUGAUCUUGAGAGAUUAAAUAUACACAAAGGUGCCUUGAUUCCAUUUACAAAGCAAGAUCAAAAUAAGUUAGCAAGUAUACAAAAGAGACCUUACAUUGCUUGUCAGCCAAUGUGGAGAAAAGAACUGGAAAUUAUGGCAGCAUCUAAACUGAAGGCUGAAAUUCAAGUUUUAACUUCUCUUUCAUCAGAUUACCUUUCCAGAGUCUAUUUACCAAACAAGCUGCAAUUUGGUGGAUGGCUAUGAAUGCUUGUUUGCAACUGAAAUGUUUUUCUUGAUACUCAUCGAUUUUGUUGACUGAUGUUAGAAAAAAUGCAUGGAGACAGAGUACACUUCAGCUUGUCAGGUUUCCUUAUCACUCUAUCUAGAAUAUUAUUAUCUCUUUUUCUUCCUUAAAACUGUAAGAGAAAUUACGAUUCUUUUACAAAAUACUGUUGCUUCCAUUCUGUGGCUUCUGCAGUGUAACAAUGCCAAAUGCAAUAGUGCAUACAUAAAAAGAUAAUGAAAGAUGUAAUGUUCUUUCUGGCCAGAAAACGUGAUGUUCAAAAACGUAUCAAGGAAUUGUUUUGCUUUCUGUCUUAAAGCACAAGACGAUGCUGUACCAACCUUUUUAUUUUUGAAAAGAGUAAAAGACUUUGUUAAUUUAUUGCACAUGCCUCCUUUUGAAAAUUAUUUUAAGUAUGGCAUUGUGGCAUUUUGUGUUUGCUUAAAUUCAGACCAGAAAGUCAGAGAUAAUUCUUCACUACUGUGUAUCUCAAGCAACUAUAAAUGUUCCAGCAACCAAAUUACUAUUUGUCUUCAAUGAACAAGUAAGCAAGCAGAUGUUACUGAUUAAUAAACAAUCCUGUUAAUGAUGCACAUCGUAACAGAAUCCCCUGUUGGUUUUAUUUAGUUGACUCUAAAACAGCAAAAAGGAGCAGGAAAAUGGUGAUUAAAGUGUUCAAUAAAUUUUACCCGAGGAAACCAGACUGACUGCAUAGAAAAUACUUCCAAAAUGGAUCUACAGAGUCAGCACGGAUUUUACAGUUAAUAUUUUCAGUACACUUAUCUA